UAUGGUUUUCUGAUUGUCUCUGUGUUACACUUGUUUCUUGAGAUCCAGAAACCUGUCUAUGCGCCUAGCCUUCAGCAAAAUAAAUCUCGAUCAAGAUCUUCUUGCCUCACCCCUUUGAGCUCUCACUCGAAUCCAAACCUUUAUGGUAGAUAGGCUUGUUUAACCCUUGGUGUAGGUUUCUCCUGUCCAAUUUAAAGAGGAAGUCAUCUAUACUCUAAUUGCGCUUGGUAUUUUUCUCGUUUGCAGCCAGCUCCCUCUAUAUGGCAUACACUCUACAAUUGGCGCAAAAUUUUUUACUGGACGCGUGUCAUUCUUGCAUCGAACCGUGGUACAGUUGUGGAACUUGGAAUUACUUCAAUCAUGACUUCUGGAAUGGUGAUGCAAUUGUUAGCUGGAUCAAAAAUCAUUCAAGUGGACAACAUUGUCCGUGAGGACCAAGCACUCCUUUGUGUUGGAGUAGAAGAAAAUGGCAACGUUAGUUGCAAAACAAGGGCCAUUGAGAGCAGUCAGAAUCAACACACACCAAGAAUGAGAAAUCAGUCUAAGGUUUUUAGGAAGAGAAAUUUCGUCCUAAAUCGUGAUGAAGAAAAACUUGAAAAGCACAAUGCAGCAUCCCUGCCCAAGGUUACAGAGUUACCUAAUAAAAAACAAAAACUUUGUUCUGAAUUUGGGGUCCCCCGUGGAAAAAGAACUGUGUCAGAGCACCUGAAUGUUGCAAUCAGGAAGGAGGAAGCACUUUUAUCGGGCGGAUCGGCAGAGAAAAUUAAAAUAGCAAAAAAGCCAAAGAAGAACAUGAUUAAAUCACAUCUGAGAACAAAGACAGUAGCUAACCAAACAAUGACUGUAAAGUAAUCUGAAGGCUCACAUAGAAGAAUCGCCUCAAUGGGGCAUCAUCAUUCAUCAGAGAAGAAAUUAAGUUCUAAAAUUUGGGAUGAAAUGGUGAGUAAUGAUGAAGAAGAGGAGAGUGAAGAGGAAGAGGAAGAGGAAGAGGAUGAAGAGUAUUUUCCAAGACCCUUAACAAAAUUUCAGAUGCCACUGAAGGAAGCGUUGAAUAGUUUGAGAACUUCCACCGAGGUAAAAGUUCUUAGAAAUGGACGUAUAAGAACUACAGGGAAUGACGAAGAGAAAGACGAGCCUUCCCAGUGCAGGGACAGGCUCAAACUAUCUACCUCCACAAAAAACAUUCUUCUGAGUGGAAAUUCACAAACUAAAAGGAUGCCUGACAAAGUAAAUCUACAACAAUGCCCAGGAACUUCAAGCAAGAAGAUGAUUCAUAAAGGAGAUAAUACAAUGAACAAGGUGGAAUUUCGAAGUGAAUAAAAGCGGGAUGUUUGCAAGAAAAAAACAAGUUUAUCUAAGGUUGGAAAUAAAAUGCCAGGGACUCGUGAAAUUUGAGGCUCAGAGAAUAAAAGGCGGGCGCUUGCUAUAUUAAAUGAACAAUGUUUAGGAAUGUCAAGCAAGAAGAAGAUUCCUCAAGGAGAGAGUACAACGGAUAAGGUGGAUGAAAGUGAAAACGAGUGGAGUAUGUGCAAGGAAAAGCCAAGUUUGUCCAAGGAUGCAGAGAAUAGAAGGACAUCUGUACGACGUGCUACUGGUUCAUUCAGGAGAUACGGAGAUUACUAUGUUGGUGAGUGGGAAGAUGAUACUGAUGAUUAUAAGGUUUACCCACUAUGUUAUGGACAUCAUAUACCCAGUAACACAAGAAGCCAGGGAGCUGAUGUUUCACCUGAGUCGAAACCCAAAAAUAGUCCAAAAGAUACAAUAAAAAUUUCAGGAAAGUUAUCUGUUUGUAGUUCAUUGCCUUCCUGGGCGCCUGCUAAAUUAAAUGGAGAACAGUGUCUAGGAACGUCAAGAAAGAAGAAGAGUCCUCGAGCAAAUAGUACAAUGGAUAAAGUGGAUAACAGUGAAGAUGAGUGGAAUGUGUGCAAUGAAAAAUCAAGUUUGUCCAACGAUGGAAAAAAGAAGCAGAGAAUUUAUGAAAAAGAUUCAGAGAAUAAAAGGACAUCUGUAAGACGUGCUGCUGCAUCACUCAAGAGAUACGAUCAUAAUUACUUUGUUGGUGAGUGGGAAGAUGAUUCUAAGGAGUAUGAGGUUUUUCCAAUUAGUGAUGGACAUCAUACACCAAGUAACACAAGAAUCCAGAGAAGUGAAGUUUCACAUAAGUCAAAACUAAAAGAUAGUCUGAAAGAUUCAAUAAAUAAUUCAGGGAAGUUAUCUGCUUGUUGUUCAUUGCCUUCCACCUCAUCGUCCUCCGGUUCCACAAUUUCAAGAAAUGGAAUAGAUGGAUCUAAAAACAUGAAGGUAAAUUGUCUGGCAGUAAAUUGUCAUCAAUGUAGAAGAAGUGAUAGAAGAACUGUUGUUCCUUGUACGAAGUGUAAAGAGAAAUUUUACUAUAUCAAGUGCAUCAGGGAAUGGUAUCCUGAAUUGGAAGAAGAGGAUGUCUCAGAGCUUUGUCUAUAUUGUCUUGGAAAAUAUAACUGCAACUUGUGCUUACACUCAAGUGGCAUGCUAAAGGUUUGUCUUUUCUUUUUAAUCAAACGAAAUGAGCUUGUUGCUUUUGUUUUCCAAUUACUGCUAAAAUACUUAUUUCCUUGAA